GCCGAUUGGCCUCUGCUUUUCCUUGCCUGUGGCAACUGACAGCACCUCCCAGCCUUGCAGGCCGGCUGCCGGUUCCCUCAGCCAGUCGGUGGGUCUGGGCACUGCAGCAGGCUUGGGCAGCCGUCCCAGCACUAGUCUGGGAGAAAGUGGUAUACUCACCCAGAGAGAAUCUCUCUUUCAAUCUUCUUGCUUUCUCGAGCUCUCUGUGCUCUUGUAUUUUAUUUUAUUUUAUUUUACUUUAUUUUAUUUUAUUUUUCUCUCUCUCUUUUGUUUUACCUAACUAUAUUCCUAAUCCUGGAUGAAGUUGCUGGAUUCUGCAGCACAAGUCUUCAUGAACAAGCAGCACCGCUCAGAGAUUUCACGGCAUUCAAAGGUCACAGAACUGCCACUAUGGUUAAAUGUCUUGUUUAAUGGUUGAGGUUUAACUGCUGAACAAAGGACAAUUUCUAGAGACGCUGGACCUGGAAUAUUUGAAGUAAUAGGUAUACGAGAAAGUAGGAGGUGUGGCGAAAUUUUGUUUGAAAACCCUGAUCAGAAUGUCAAAUGUGUUUGCAUGCUAGGAGAUGUACGACUAAGGGGUCAGACGGGGGUCCCUGCUGAACGCCGAGGCUCCUACCCAUUCAUUGACUUCCACCUACUUAACAAUACAGCACACUCAGGGGAAAUUGGCACCAAGAAAAAGGUGAAAAGACUGUUAAGCUUUCAAAGAUACUUCCAUGCAUCAAGGCUGCUUCGUGGAAUUAUCCCACAAGCCCCGCUGCACCUGCUGGAUGAAGACUACCUUGGACAAGCAAGGCAUAUGCUCUCCAAAGUGGGAACGUGGGAUUUUGACAUUUUCUUAUUUGAUCGCUUGACGAAUGGAAAUAGCCUGGUAACUCUGCUGUGCCACCUCUUCAAUACCCAUGGACUCAUUCACCAUUUCAAGUUAGAUAUGGUGACCUUACACAGGUUUUUAGUCAUGGUCCAAGAAGAUUACCACAACCAAAACCCCUAUCAUAAUGCUGUCCAUGCAGCUGAUGUCACCCAGGCCAUGCACUGCUACCUGAAGGAACCAAAGCUUGCCAGCUUCCUCACACCUCUGGACAUCAUGCUUGGAUUGCUGGCUGCAGCAGCACAUGAUGUUGACCACCCAGGGGUGAACCAACCAUUCUUGAUCAAAACUAACCAUCACCUUGCCAACCUUUAUCAGAAUAUGUCUGUGCUUGAGAAUCACCACUGGAGAUCUACAAUUGGCAUGCUUCGAGAAUCAAGGCUUCUUGCUCACUUGCCAAAGGAAAUGACACAGAAUAUUGAACAACAGCUGGGCUCCUUGAUCUUGGCAACAGACAUUAGCAGGCAGAAUGAAUUUUUGACCAGACUGAAAGCCCACCUCCACAAUAAGGAUUUAAGAUUGGAGGAUGUACAUGACAGGCACUUCAUGCUCCAGAUUGCCUUGAAGUGUGCUGACAUUUGCAAUCCCUGUAGAAUCUGGGAGAUGAGCAAGCAGUGGAGUGAAAGGGUCUGUGAAGAAUUCUACAGGCAAGGUUACCUUGAACAGAAAUUUGAACUGGAAAUCAGUCCUCUUUGUAAUCAGCAGAAAGAUUCAAUUCCUAGUAUACAAAUUGGUUUCAUGACUUACAUCGUGGAGCCUCUCUUCCAGGAAUGGGCCCGUUUCACAGGAAACAGUGCCCUGUCUGAGAAUAUGCUAAGCCAUCUCGCACACAACAAAGCCCAGUGGAAGAGCCUGUUGUCCAAGCAGCACAGAAACAGUUCCAACAGUGGCAGUGGUGGUGGCAGUGGUGACCCAGAACACACAGGCCAAGGGACUGAGAACCAGGAGCAGACUGUGACAGAAGGUGGCACCCCAUAGUGCCAGUGAGGAUUUACCCCUGCUCUGCAAUCUGAGAGAAUGAGAACCGCCUUCAGCAGACGCCUGAAAGGGGAAAAGCUCUGAGGGGGCUCCUGUCAAGAAACCCAGGGUUUGUCCUGAAGAUUUUUGGAAUGCUAUCUUCCUCCUACCUAUCUGCCUCCCCUCUUUUUUCCAAGUGUACAGAAGCCAUUCAUCACCUCAGCAUUAGCUACCGAAAUGAGCAUCUCCAUUCAGUAAUGUGAGAGCCUCUUUCAGGGGCUUGAAGGCUUACCCCUUCAAGGAGAAGACUGAAGAGUAUGAAAGAGGUGCUCUGCCAUGUCCCCCAGGGUCCUGAGUCACACUGUGACAGGCAGCAGUUCCUAAGUCCAGAACAUGUUAGCGUUCACAAUCUGACCACUGAUCUGCAUGACAAAAAAAGAAAAGAAAAGAAAAGAAAACCACCAGCAUAUUUGGAACUCUAAGGAUAUUGGUCUUAAGUGCAAAAGCACAAUGGAGAGCAUAAGAGAAAGUACCUUCUAUUUUAAUAAUAAUUAUUAUUAUACAAAAUAAUAAAUCUUUUUAACUUUUAUAUUUUAUGCACUAGACAUUGGAUCGAAAACUUUGGACUAGGAUUACUCAAUGCACCCAAUCUUGAGCAGUGGGUUGGUUCACUAUUUUGUUACUGACUUAAUGCCACUUUGGGUCAGAGAAUUGGCAUCUUCUCAACCUAAGAAAUCAUGUUUCUUAUGUGACCCAAGGGGAAGGUGCUGUACAGUUCAUUCCUCUGCACCAUUAUCCAAUCUGUCUUUUAUCAAUAACUCAGAUUCAAUGACAUGUUUAUAUUUACACACAUGUUUUCUGUAAAUACUAAGCGCUACUGAUUCCCAUGCCAAAAUACAUGAGUAUUAUGGGAUUGCUACCUGUAUAAACAAUGGCACUGUGAACAGAUUACUGUUAGAUUUAAUACAAGAGAAUGCAUUUGUAAAUAAGGUAUAGAGUUUAUUAAUAUACUGUUGUUUCAGAUAAAGGCCUUAACUUUGAACAACUUUAAUCUUCUGAAAGCUACCCAAUUUAAAUCCUGACAGAUGUCCUCUGAACUGCCUGCCCAUGUCCAUUUUAUCUUAUGCUUUCCAGCUAAGGUCACAAAUCAAAACUGAAUAAAGUCUUUGAGGAAAUACUUUGGAAACUUCACAUGCAUUCCACUUGCGACCAUAGUGUUUGAUCUAUGGCACCAAGCAUCAUUUCCUCAGAUUAAUGAGACCCUUCAGCAAGCCUGAAGUCAUUUUUCAACACAGCAAUGUUGCACACCCUGUUUUAGCAAGCCAGCUGAUAAGCUUGUGUUUAUGUGACUCUUGUCAUGGACACAUAGUGAUAUGUCAGCCUCAUAGGAGACUGUAGCAGGCAUUGCAAACCUUCUAUGACCCUGCCAUCUAACUGUCAGGGAAUUAAUUCCCUGCUUCCCUUCAACACUUUUGUCUGUUAUGGCUAGACUACCAAAGCACCUUUGGUUUAUGGUUGGCAUGUGAACAGUCUUUGCCGUUAAUAGCAGCUGAAUUUUUCUUUUUCUUUUUCUUUUUUUUUUACUUCUUUUCACGUGGCUAACUCCCCAACUGUUUAACUACAGUUAACACUAUUUAAGUAAAGAAAAUGUUUCAGUUUUCUGGUAUCCUUACUUUCUUGAUAGGUUAUUAUGGUUAAUUAUGGUUCUUGCUAGCAAAGUCACUUUGAAAUGUGGUUGCCUUUUUGUUCUUUUUUUUUCCUUUUGUCUUUUUUUUCCCCUGCAGACCACUAGGCAGUAAUAUCAUUUGUUAUAGCAUUCCUCUUUAAUUGAGUAAAGUCUGUGUAUUGACAUUUUCUUUAGAAGUUCUAGUAUAACUAAUGUUAGUUAAAAUUUGGCAAGACUCUUUUUUCAUUAAACAUGGCAGUGGAGAUAACUUGAUAAUUACUGCCACUACCCAGCUAUUUCACAAGCUGACAAAGUAACAACUAAUUCCCAUUUACUAAGUGAAACUGGUUUGUUCCCUCCUAACAGUGAAAAUGAAAUGUUAGUAGUUUGGUUAGACUGUAACAAAUUCCUGAAGAAAGAUGGUGGUUUGCAGAAUUAAGGCUUAAGGAAAUUUUGGGGAAGUUGGUUAUAUUUUCAUUGAUGAGAGAUAGUCAGAUGGUGCUAAAGAAAGUGUGAAAAUCUCAUGAAGUGGGUAGAUGAUGAGUUGAAGUUAUUGAUAUGUGCAAGAAGGGAAGAUAAGACAAUUUUACACUUUUUUCUGUGAUGACUAUGAAUUAACACGUUUCUGUACUGUUUUAAUAAUCUGAACCUCUCUGAUUGAUAAGGCCUCAAAAGAGAAUAUGUUGAAUGUAAUCCUGCUUUCAAACUUCUCUUGCUUUUGUUUGUUGAGGCAGAGAGUUUUUGAGUAGUAUAUUUUAAUAUGCAUUAAAUCAAAUAAAGUAAAACAAUUAUUAGGGGUAAUGUCAUAGACAUGAGAAAGAAGACACUGUUUUAGAUAAUGAAGUCUCUAACCUGAGUUUAGGAAAUAGACUUUGUCUAUAUAAAUUAUAUUUAAAUUGUAACUUGAAUAAAUUGAAUUGGAGCAUUUUUAGUUGUUCCAAGCUUAUAUAACAAAAUUUUUUUUUACAAUAAGUCUUGAACAAGAGCUCAUAGAGAAAACCAGCAGUUAUGAAAAAACUGAAGUAAAAUCAUGCAUGAGAUAGAUAUUUGUCUCCUUUCAGCCAUCAGAAGUUUUCCUAAGUUUCGUGUUCCCUGGGGAUGGAUAUAUAUAUCUAGCUUCCUAGUGGCAUCAUGACAGUAUGUGAACAGAAGUCCUCCAGUUGUUGUUAAGAUCACCCAUGAACUACAGCUUUACAUUCUUAUCUCUUAGUCCAUGGGCACUCGAUGGUUGAUUUUCCAAUUUCAAUUCUGACAUUGCUGAAGAAGAGGAAUCAAAUAGCUACUUUUAGUAGUGAGGAGUAAAGUUAUGACCAAAUUAAGAGAGAAAUAAUAAUUAUAAUUAGCAAAACUUGCUUUUCCUAAUAACAUCAUCUGUGAAUAGUCAGAACCACCUUCAUGAAACCUUGGCCUACCCAUAACUCCCUGCCAGGCUAAGUAAAAAUCCUACUGUUUGCUUAUGGCUUUUUCAAAGAAACUUGGAAUAUAUCCUGCAACACUGUUUUCAGAUCAAGCUUCCUAGGAAAUACUUAUUUUGUAAUCUCUCAUAUUGAAUAAGAUCUUCUCACUGGUUUGAAUUUGCUUAUGAGCUUGUAUCUCACUGUUUCUUAUGCUAUCUUCUUUUAAACAAGCCCUUUAAAUUGUGUUGUUUUGUGUAUAUAUGUGAAGUUCGGGGGGGGGAACACCUUGUGAAUUGUGGUCAGAAUAAUUCCUAAAUAUCCAUUGGCAUGUCUCAAUGAACAAUUAAAAAUAAAGAUAAUUUCUUAAAAAUA